AUGAUGACGACAAAAUGGGAAGAAGAUUCUGGAGGUAGCAGAGGACUUGUCGAGCCACUAACUGCAGGGUGGAAAAAAAGAGACGGUGGGGCCUUCUUUCCUUAGAUGAAGUGCGGAAGAAGGAUGUCCUUUGUGUCAGUUUCUCCCUUAGACGUUGAUAGUUUGAAAAUUCUCACGCGGCUAUUCACAGACCCCUGACACUCACUCAGCAGUGCCGCCUAUUUACUCGGUCAGUCUUGCUCAGUGACAACAAUUUCAUUAUUUUGUGCUGAAUCAGAAAUGGGUUCUCUUGUGGGAUUGAUGUACCACUUCUUUCGUGUCAAAAUCAUCACUCUUCUCGCGGAGAAGAGGGUGCAUCCUAAUUUCUCUGUUCCCGGGAUUAACGAGGUUGAUAUCUACCAGUUUGAUCCUUCUGACUUGCCUACGCUUUCAGAAACCAACUCCGAUGACCAGGUGUGGUACUUUUUCGUUGAACCGUAUUAUAAGUAUGCCAAAAGUAAACGUGUCCACCGGGCAACAGGUGGUGGAUACUGGAAAAUAACCGGUAAAGGCUGUGACGUGAAGGAUAAAGGGCAAGUGAUCGGAAGCAAAAAGACAUUAGUUUUCUGCAGACGUGGAGCAACUUCUAAGGAGACUGAGACUGAUUGGGUUAUGCAUGAGUUCUAUGUCAAGGACAGCCCUCAAUACGAGAAGAAUUUUGUUGUCUGUUACAUAGAAAAAAAAAGAACAAAGAAGUCUAGUGUUUCAACACCUGAUGAUGGUCAACCCAGUCUCGGUCUGUCUUCAGAUUUUGUGAGUCAUGUUACAGAAAAUCCUUCUUCAGAGGUGAGAUAGAACAUGUCUUGUGGCCAUGUUUCAAUACCAAGUUGGAAACGUAUCAAGAAUUAGUACUUUUUUUAUUUAUAGUUCUUG